UUUGGCUGCCUCAAUUUAGCAGAUGGACCGGCCUACCCUGGUGGCUCAUUUAUUCUCCCAAAUCAACCCUACUUUAAAAGUGGUUUUGGUGCCAACCAACCACACCUUAAUAGGAACAAUAAUUCUCCAAGAUAUACCAAAACUCCAUCAUUCGAUUCUCCAUUUAAUACGCUAAAUGGCUAUCCUCUUGUCAAUUCUUUUAUCCUACCUGGUAAUAAGAGCGAGGGAAUUGGGAUUUUUGGCUCUCCUCCUAUUCCUCGAGAUAUUGGCAACAAUGACCAUUUUAUUUCAAACUCUUGUUUUUCUCGAGUGCACACCGGCGACCUCAGUUGGCAGGUAAAGGAUCGUAAAAAGACUGAGCUGGAACUUUUUGGACAGCCAAAAAUUGGACUCAAUUUUCAGUUGUAUGAGAAUAUUCCUGUAAAACAAUCUGGCCCUAAUUGGACUGCAAUCGAGCCCCUUUCCUUCUUCACUGACAUUGAGUUAAAUCAAACAAUCAAAGAAAAUAUCACGAGGGCACAUUAUCUCAAGCCUACUCCCGUCCAAAAGUAUGCGCUUCCUAUUGUUCUUGCCAAACGUGAUCUAAUGGCAUGUGCGCAGACCGGCUCAGGCAAAACUGCUGCGUUUUUGAUUCCAAUCUUGAAUAUGAUAUUUGAAGAUCCAAAGAAGGAAGCAAAAAAUUUAUUGAUUAAUGGUGUUGCGUAUCCUCUUGCUCUUGUCUUGGCACCAACCAGAGAACUUUCAUCUCAAAUAUAUGACGAGGCCCGAAAGUUUGCUUACCGUUCAGACAUUAAGUCUUGUGUUGCUUAUGGGGGUGUGUCUAUAGCAAAUCAGCUACGAAAUCUGGCUAAAGGAUGCACACUUUUAGUCGCAACACCUGGUCGUUUAUUAGAUAUCAUAGUAAGAGGUAAGGUCUGUCUGGAGCACCUCAACUUUCUUGUAUUGGACGAGGCCGAUCGCAUGCUCGAUAUGGGCUUUGAGCCACAGAUUAGGCGCAUUGUGGAACAGUUUGGUAUGCCUUCCUCAAACAAGCGGCAAACGCUAAUGUUUUCAGCAACAUUUCCCGCGGAAAUACAGUCAUUAGCACGAGAUUUUUUACAUUCCUACAUUUUUCUCACUGUGGGUCGUGUGGGCAGUACCAAUGAAAAUAUUUCGCAAGACAUUGUGAAUGUUUCUGAAGCCGAAAAGCAGGAUCUUCUCAUAAAUAUUCUUAAGCAAAGAGAAGAAAAUACAUUGAUUUUGGUAUUUGUUGAAACCAAGCGUGGUGCUGACUUAUUGGCUAACAUGUUGCUUCAACGUGGAUUCCCUGCCGCUGCAAUACACGGGGAUCGUGCUCAGGCUGAUAGAGAACAAGUCUUAGCAUCUUUUCGCGCUGGUGUUACUCCCAUUUUGAUAGCCACUGCCGUCGCCGCCCGUGGUCUAGAUGUUCCUAAUGUCAAAGCGACCUAG